AUGGACGACGAAAACAUGCCGAGCAUGGAAGACGUCUCUCGAUUGGAGCAGCAAUUCCGCGAAAAGUUGUGCGAGUUGCAAAGCAACACGAAUACCCUGCAGACGAUGCAGAAGGAGCUGCUGGAAACUCGUCACGCUUUGUACAGCACGGAACUGGAGCUGGAGAAAGAGCGCGGUGCAUCCCACGAGUUGAGGAUGCGUCUGCGAGCGGUCACGGAGGUGGCGAACGAGUCGCAGCAGCAGCAGACGAUGAACCAGGUCGAGAGCGUUCAGCUGCGGGUCAAGUACGACGCGAUGGCGAAGCAAUGCGAGUCCCUGAUGAGCCAAGCCGCGGUUGCGAAGGCGCGCGAGGCCGAGUGCAAGAUCCAAAUUCGGAGCCUGGAGGAGAAGCUGCGCCGGACGGAUGCGAGCAACAGGAUCAUGGAGCAAGCUCUGACGAGGCUUGAACGUGACAGUUCGCGCGUUAUUGCCGCGAUCGAUCACAAAAUCGCGCGACUCAGAGAGGAGCACCGACAACUGCAGAAAUCCUGCGAAGAGACUGUAGUCUUCAAUCAACGCUUGCAAACUGUCGGCCUGUGCACGCACGCGAUACAUCAAAAGGACAAAGCGAAAAUCAGAGACUUGGAAUACAUGCUGGCCUCGAUGGCCGUCAGAAACGCAGGCUCCGCGGAAGAAUCCGCGAGUUACGACGCGCGGCGCCCGAAGACGGGAGAACCAUCUCCGCCAUUCACAUAGAAGAAUAACAGGACAGGAUUUUAUCAAUAAAUAUACUGACACGUGUUAUAUACAGGAUUAAUAAAAAAUGUAUUAUAAUAAUCGUUUUGUAUAUUUAAGUAUAAGUUGAACAAGUUCCGAUCAUAAAAAUGCAAACUUGCAAGAUGCACAUCAUGACAACCAGCGAACGAAAGAGAUUUGUUUAUUUUUUUUUCUUCUUCUUUCAAUUUACUGCAGAUUCCUGUAAAAACGAAUCUACCUCUAGAUGCAAAGUAAAUCCGCCGGAAGAUAAGCUUCGCGUACCUUACGCUCGCCUCUCUUUCUCUCUCCCUCCCUCUCUCUCUCUUUUAGACCUAAUAAAAAUUCUAUGACUAUCCGUGAUAUAACAAAAUUGUCUCUAUAAAGUUCUUGUUCAAUUCGUCACAAGGCAUUUUUAGUUACAUCAGUUAAUGCUCUAGUACACUUUAUACGUUUUCCCGUUAAUUUUGUGAAAAAGCUAUAUCUGCUUAGUAACAGUAUAAAAACGAUUGUGAUACCUAUACUGCUUAAUCUUAAUUUUAUUUUACUUUUUUUUUCCCCCUUACUUUUAGUCAUUGUAUGUGAUGUUGUACGGUGUGUGUGAUGUAUGUUUCUACAUAUAUUUAUACUUUUACAGACACAUGGUCCUCCGACAAAGAGAAACACAUACG